AUGGCUACUGUAAUUCCACCACCAUCUAAGAAACAAAGAAGAGAGGCUCAGAAGCCUCGUGAGGUUCCAUUGACACCAAGAGAUCUACCUCAUGUCUCUAUUAAAUUUCAAGCAUUAGAUACAGGUGAAAAUGUAGGUGGGUCUCUGAGAGUACCAGGUGAUAUCACUGAGAAGCAAUUAGAAGAGUUAUUAAAUCAGUUGAAUGGUAAUUCAGACGAUCCAGUACCUUACACUUUUAGUUGUGACGUUGCUGGUAAGAAACCCACAGAUCCAAUUCAGCCUAUUGACAUCACAGAUAAUUUAUAUUCUUCGAUAUUGAAACCUGGAUAUCGUACCACAGAAGAUAUAAUUACUUUGAUCUAUACACCAAGAGCUGUGUUCAAAGUUAAGCCUGUUACUAGAAGUUCAUCAGCCAUCGCGGGCCAUGGUUCCACAAUAUUGUGCUCUGCCUUUGCACCAAAUACAAGUUCCAGGAUGGUUACCGGUGCUGGUGAUAAUACUGCCCGUAUUUGGGACUGUGACACUCAAACUCCAAAGGCAACUUUGACAGGUCAUUUUAAUUGGGUCCUAUGUGUCUCUUACUGUCCAAAUGGUGAAGUGAUAGCGACAGGGUCCAUGGAUAACACUAUUAGACUUUGGGACUCCAAAGAUGGGAAACCAUUGGGUGAUGCUUUGAGAGGUCAUCUUAAAUGGAUUACCUCUUUGGCUUGGGAACCUAUCCAUCUGGUAAAACCUGGUGAAAGCCCAAGAUUGGCGUCAGCUUCCAAAGAUGGUACCAUUAGAAUCUGGGAUAUAACUAGAAGAGUUUGUCUUUAUACCAUGAGUGGACAUACUAAUUCAGUAUCAUGUAUUAAAUGGAGUGGUCAAGGGAUUAUAUACUCUGGUUCUCAUGAUAAAACUGUGAGAGUUUGGGAUAUGAAUGCUGAUGGGAAAUGUAUCAAUAUUCUUAAAUCACAUGCACAUUGGGUUAAUCAUCUUUCAUUAUCAACUGAUUAUGCUCUAAGAGUGGGUGCCUUUGAUCAUACAGGUGCUCAACCUGCCUCUGCUAAAGAUGCAAGAGACAAAGCUUUAGCUAAUUACGAAAAAGUAGUAAAGAAAAAUGGGAAAUUAGAGGAAUUAAUGGUAACUGCUAGUGAUGAUUUUACCAUGUUUCUUUGGAAUCCAUUGAAGUCUAAUAAACCUAUUGCCAGAAUGACAGGUCACCAAAAAUUGGUAAAUCAUGUGGCAUUUAGUCCAGAUGGAAGAUACAUUGUCUCUGCAUCAUUUGACAACUCUAUAAAAUUAUGGGAUGGUAGAGAUGGUAAGUUUAUUUCUACGUUCAGAGGCCAUGUGGCCAGUGUCUAUCAAGUAGCAUGGUCCGCAGAUUGUAGACUACUGGUAUCUUGUUCUAAAGAUACAACAUUAAAGGUUUGGGAUGUUAGGACGAGAAAGUUAUCUGUUGAUUUACCAGGACACAAGGAUGAAGUCUACACGGUGGAUUGGAGUGUUGAUGGUAAACGUGUCUGUAGUGGUGGUAAAGAUAAAAUGGUAAGAAUAUGGACCCAUUAG